AUGCCACUUGCCAAUCACGGACCAUGCCCUGCAGUCACUUCCGGUCCAGAUAGUUUGUUAAAGCAGACGACACAUGCACUCACUUCCGGUCCAGAUAGUUUGACAAAGCAGACGACACAUGCAGUCACUUCCGGUCCGGAGAGUUUGUCACAGCAGACGACAUCUACCGUCACUUCCGGUUCGGAUAGUACCCACACGACACCUCACGUCACAACAGAUCCAUUACAUUCGUCUUUUCUUUGCACAUACGUGAAUUCUAUGGACUGCGAUUCACUUGGUAUAGAGAUUAUCUGUGGUUCCGAUGGCAGACGAUAUGUGAAUCAUUGCGAGCUUGCCAAAGAAACUUGUGUACAGCCGUCACUAAAAGCUAUUGAUCUCUCGAACUGCCAUUGAAAGAAAAAGCUUUAAAUAAAUAU